AAAAUGUUAUACUUACUGCCCGCGACAAUAUAAAAUCCCCUGAAGCGAGUCUCCAAUCUAUGUGAAUCUGUCUCAAAAUGGAUCCAACCCCUUCCGAUGUACCAUCUCUACAACUUUUUGCUCUGGCAGGCCAAAAUGUCCUCAUCACUGGAGCUACCAGAGGCAUAGGUGCUGCGUGUGCUUUGGCUUUAGCUCAAGCGGGUGCCUCAAUAUGUGUUGUUCAGCGCCCUCCCUCUCCGGGUGUGGAGCCGAAUAUGGACACAGUGAACUCCAUUCGAGCGCUAGGUGUGAACACCCAAGUCGUCUAUUGCGACUUGAGCAACUUGGAUUCUGUCAGGGAACUUUUCCCCAAGGCACUGGAGCUCAUGGGCGGUAGUAUUCAUGUUCUGGUCAACUGUGCUGGAAUACAGCGGAGAUCGCCGAGUGUCGAUUUCCCGGAGAAGGACUGGGAUGAUGUUCUCGACGUGAACCUCAAAUCCGUGUGGCUUUUAUCACAAGCGGCGGGCCAGCACAUGGUUCCGCUUAGGAGGGGGAAAAUCAUUAAUUUCUGUUCCUUGUUGACAUUCCAAGGCGGCCUUACCGUCCCGGCUUAUGCCGCCGCUAAGGGUGCACUCGGCCAACUCACAAAAGCUCUCAGUAACGAAUGGAGCCAGCAUAACGUUCAAGUGAACGGCAUCUGCCCGGGGUAUAUUGCCACAGACAUGAACGAAAGGCUGCUAGCGGACCCCAUACGCCUCAGACAGAUAUCCGAGCGGAUACCAGCAGGGAGGUGGGGUAACCCCGGGGACUUUGCUGGUCCAGUAGUGUUCCUUGCCAGCGGCGCAAGUCAAUAUGUCUGUGGCGAAUUGUUGGUUGUUGAUGGUGGCUGGAUGGGGCGUUAAACCUGAGACCGCCACUGUUCUCACGACAACGUGGAGAAGUCAAGAGGUUGUAAAUCUAUGUACAUAUCUAGGAAGCACUUGCAGAUGAAUUCCGUUUGGCAGUUUGCGUCUCCAUGUGAGGAAAAUACUAAAUUACCUUUCAGAGUCCAUCGUGGAAUAGCAUAUUCCAUGGUAGAUACUUAUCAGGUUAUGGAUCACAUACCAUUUCCCAAUGCUCUGGGCCGGGUUAGUGUAGUGAGCGAUGACCAGCCCCAAAGAUAGCCUAUCUUGCCUCAGGCCCGACCGCCGAUCAUAUUUUACUCGGAGACAAGGACUAGACAAAAAAUAGGCAAGCGUGAUAGAAAGACA